UUCGAGCAGUUUCCUCAUUUAACGUUCAACUUUUGUCAAAUAAACAAGUUCGCUCCGUGCUCAACGAAACCUACGCUCCCGAAGUGAAAUGGCUCGUACCAAGCAAACCGCUCGUAAAUCGACUGGAGGUAAGGCUCCUCGCAAGCAGCUGGCCACCAAGGCUGCUCGUAAAAGUGCCCCGGCCACCGGAGGAGUGAAGAAGCCGCAUCGUUACCGUCCGGGAACGGUGGCCCUCCGAGAAAUCCGUCGCUACCAGAAGUCGACCGAGCUGCUCAUCCGCAAGCUGCCCUUCCAGCGCUUGGUGCGUGAGAUCGCCCAGGACUUCAAGACUGAUCUCCGCUUCCAGAGCUCAGCCGUCAUGGCGCUGCAGGAAGCCAGCGAGGCGUAUCUGGUUGGUCUGUUCGAAGACACGAAUCUGUGCGCCAUCCACGCCAAGCGCGUCACCAUCAUGCCCAAGGACAUCCAGCUGGCCCGUCGCAUCCGCGGAGAGCGUGCCUAAAUCGUCCAUGCAUCCGGAAGCGGUCCCUGUCUAAACGGGGCAUUUCCUUCUCAAAACGGUCCUUUUCAGGACCACCAAUACUGUUGAACAUUCCAAGAAUUUUCUUUCGAUUGCUAUUAUGAAAUUGUACAUACGAAUGCAAGUCUUCACGUAUGUCGUUUUGUUAUAACGAGGAAAGUGUGAAAAGGGGGAAAAUUUGUUUUAAAUAAUCAAUGUUAUGGGAGGUAUUUUAACUUUUUCUUGUCAAAGUUUCGCUUUUUAAUAGGGCAUCUGAUGAUUUUGACUAUAUUGAUCAAUACUUUAUUACCAUCUAUAUAACCUAUGACUAUUAUACCAACAUCGCUGCUUACAACAAACUAC